AUGGCGGCUCGGUCCAUGGACCACACACAGUGGCUGGCGAAGCUUGUGGCCUUUGACACGACGAGCCGCAACUCGAACCUUGAGCUCAUCCACUACUGCAAGGACUACCUGGAGGGGCUUGGUGUCAAGUGCACCCUGCUACACAACGCCGAGAGGAACAAGGCAAACCUGUGGGCGACGCUGCCGGGCGACGGCGGCGUGACGAAGGGCGGCAUCAUUCUCUCCGGCCACACGGACGUGGUCCCGGUGGACGGGCAGAAGUGGGACAGCGAUCCGUUUACGCUGACGGAGCGGGAUGGGAAACUGUACGGUCGCGGCACGUCCGACAUGAAGGGCUUUGUUGCCGUGUGCAUGUCUCUGGCCCCCGAGCUCCUCAAGAUGAAGCGCGCGAAGCCGAUCCACUUUGCGUGGUCGUACGACGAGGAGGUGAGCUGUCUCGGCGGCAUGGAGCUGGCGGAGUUUGCGCGGGACCACGACGUCAGGGCGGAAGGCUGCAUCAUUGGGGAGCCGACCGGCAUGACUGUGGUGAUUGCUCACAAGGGCACCUCCCACUUUUGGGUUCGUGUGCGGGGCAAGGCGGCGCAUUCGUCGCUCGCGCUGACGGGUGAAAGCUGCAACGCCAUUGACUACGCCACAAAACUCAUUACGAAGCUGCGCGAGAUUGCGGAGGAGUACCGCCGGAACGGCACCCGGCAUGACUUCCAGGUGCCGUUCUCAACGCUGUCGACGAACCUCAUCAGUGGCGGCAACGCCUCGAACACCGUGCCCGCGGAGUGCGAGUUCCUCUUCGAGUUUCGAGCGCUUCCCAACGAGACUGUCUCCAAGAUGAUGCAGCAGGUGCGGUCUUACGUGGAGACGCAGCUUCUCCCGGCCAUGAAGGCGGAGUUUGAGGACGCUGAAAUUGUUAUCACGCCGCGGGAUGAAACGCCGUCGUUUGAGGGCAGUGAGGAGGCGCCCAUCACCAAGCUGGCAUGCGCCAUUAUCAAUGAUUACAAGGUUUGGAAAAAAAACUAUUGCACGGAGGCGGGCCACUACAGUGGGAUUGCCGGCGCACCAACUGUGAUAUGCGGACCCCAUGGCGGGGCCAUACACUGUGCGAAUGAGUAUGUCACCCCCGCGCAGCUCGACAAGUGCCGUGAGUUUGUUCUGAGGGUGGCGGAGAGCCUCAAGGCGUCCCCUGCCCACCUGUGA